AUGGAAACUAUUUUGCUCUUCCUCUCUUCACUCCUGGUGUGUGUGGCUGCUGAGUCAGACCCAAGUGCGCAGGAUGGCAAGGAGACAGUUGAAAACCCAUUUAUUUACGACUAUGAGAGCCUGAGGAUUUGGGGAUUGGCAUUUGCCGUGGUGCUGUUCACACUGGGCAUUCUUCUCAUCCUUAGUCGACGAUGCCGCUGCAGUAUCAACCAGAAGCCCAGGGCCCCUAGAGAUGAGGAGGUCCAGGAGGAGAACCUGAUUGUUUCCAAGGUUGCUGAGGCUGCCAAAGAGACUCCAGCAGAGAACUGAGGCAACUCCACCGGACUGAGCUGCCUUCUGAA